CUUAAAAUAACUAAGUAUAGCUUUUGCCUUUGUUUUCAGUUAGCAGGGACAGCAAAGUCGAGGUUUUCUGCCAAAGAUUACAGUGAUCAUAUGGCUCUUGUUCGAGCAUAUGAAGGAUGGAAAGAUGCAGAAAGAGAAGGAUCGUCUUAUGAAUACUGCUGGAGAAAUUUUCUCUCUGCCCAAACUCUUCAGGCUAUUCAUUCACUUCGGAAGCAGUUUAGCUUCAUCUUGAAAGAUGCAGAUGCAAGCAUGAUUAACAAAUUGAGUCACAAUCAGUCUCUUGUCCGUGCUGUCAUUUGUUCUGGACUCUUUCCUGGCAUAGCAUCAGUGGUGCACAGGGAGACAUCCAUGUCAUUUAAAACAAUGGAUGAUGGCCAGGUUUUAUUAUAUGCUAAUUCUGUGAAUGCACGUUACCAGACCAUCCCAUACCCAUGGUUGGUUUUUGGUGAGAAAGUUAAGGUCAAUGCUGUUUUCAUCCGUCAUUCCACUGCUGUAUCUGAUUCAAUACUUAUCCUUUUUGGUGGUGCUCUAAGUAAUGGGAUACAUGUGAUUAGUUGUUUGAUUCACAUGCUUCUUCCACUUGACCAUCUCUAUGGAUUUCAAUACAGUAAUAUCAUCCUUUCUUUCUUCUCCCCUCUCAUGGGUUUAGGCUGGGCAUCUAAAAAUGUUAGAUGGAUAUGUUGACUUCUUCAUGGAUCCUAA